AGUUUUGGCCCCGAGAUGAACACGUUCGCCCUGGCGCUGACUUUGCUGCUGGCCAAAAUCUCUUGGAGCUUCUACCUAGGGAACUGGCGAGCAGAUCCCGAACUCCUGCCGAGUCGUUUCCAGGGCGACAUCUUGAGGAGACCCGGAAAAACGAACUGGUGGAGAAAUGUGAUAACAAACGAAAGCUAUCACUGGCCAAACCGCACUGUCCUGUACUUUAUCGAAGAGGGAACAUUUGACAAACCCCACCUGCAGUAUGUGGAGCGGGCAAUGCGCAUCAUAGAGAACGGAUCCUGCGUGAAAUUCAAGAAAGCCUCCAGGGAUGACAAAUAUUUUGUCAAUAUAACAUCGCACGAUACCGGCUGCUAUUGCGAGAUAAUCGGCUGGAGAAACGAUCGGAUAAAGGUGAAUCUGCAGCUGGAUUCUUUGGACUCGGGCUGCUUUCGCAUGGGCUCCCUCAAGCACGAGCUCCUGCAUGUGCUGGGCUUCGAGCACCAGCACGUGGCCCAGGACCGCGACGAAUACGUGCAGAUCAUGUGGGAAAACAUACAUCCGGACCAUGAAAUCAACUUCUGGAACAACGAGACCGAGAUCGGCUGGAACAACUACGGCGAGACCUACGACUACGGCAGCGUGAUGCACUACAUGGAAAAUGCCUUCGCCAAAGACGCAUCGAAGCCGACGAUUGUGGCCCUCAAGAAGGGGGCCUCCAAAAUGGGUCAGCGCCGGGGAAUGAGCAAAACAGAUCUUCGCAAACUGAACAAAAUGUACCAGUGUCCGGGCUACGAAACCACGGAGCCUACUGAAGAACCUGACGUGGAAAAUAUAACUUCAAGUGCUCAAUAUACCUCUGAAGACUAAUCGCCCCUACAGUCCAUUUUAUUCAGCAGUUUGUUAUUACAUUUCCCUGUUUUUUAUGGUAAUAUAUGUGAUUGGGAUUAGCCGUGAACCACGUACGGCCGUUUCGGAGCGGAGAUAUCUAAUGUUAUGUACAGAAUUAAAAUUUCAUGGCCCACACUCUGCUGAAGGCAUGGCAAAUUGGAUCUCUUCCAGAGGGAUUGGUGGGACCGAACGGACUCGAGUCGGCCACAAUAGUCGUCCGACCAGCCGCCCAACCAGUCAAGCCAUGAAUUUGACCUACGUGCUACUGGCCCUUGGCCUGUUCCUCCUUGAGGAAGCUGCGGCCGUGUGCUGUCCGGCCUUGCCCAUCUGCGGGGACGGCCAAAUGGUGGUGGGGGCCUAUUGCGGUGUCGGCGGGUGCAACGUCUUCGGCUGCAAUUGCUCCGGUGGAUGCAGGAAAAAAUCGGAUUAGGCAUAAAAAACCGGAAAGAUGUUAUCAUUGGUCUAAAUUGCCCCAAACAAUAAAGCUAAUCCUUCCGUUCUAA